AUGGAGAAAGCGAGAGUCUCCGGGUAUAACGCUUCAUUCAUCAUGAUUGCGACUUAUUGCUUUUUGCUACUAGUGCUGUAUUUCUUGUGCUGUGACCUGUAUGUUUCUAUCUGUGAGGACUGUGUAACCUUGUUUGGUUCUCAACAGAUUCACGUUGGCGUACAGGACAUAUCCUCUUAUAAUAUGUCCGAUUCUCGUGAUCCGGAAAUCGUGAUUGUACAACGUAACAGCUUUGUUACCUCAGCCUUUGCCGUCGCCAUCCCUGUGAUGGCAUUGUUGGCAGGCUUGGCGUUUGCUGUUUACUGUUUUCACAAGAUUAAAGGAACACGAGAUCUUGACGUCUUGGAUAUUAGUGAAGAAACCAUACUGGAAGACAGUAUGGAAACUGAACAUCUCGAUGAUAUGGAACAACUGGACGAGACUGAUGACGACUCAGACACCGACUUUGACGAAGUGGCUAGACUGGAAGACAGUCUAAACAUGGAACAACUCGACGAGACUGAUGACGACUUGGAUACUGAGUGUGAUGAAGUUGACGAAGUAGUUAGACUGGAAGACAGUCUAAACAUGGAACAACUCGAUGAGACUGAUGACUUGGAUACUGACUGUGACGACGUUGACGAAGUGGCUAGACUGGAAGACAGUCUAAAUAUGGAACAACUUGACGGUAAUCUUCUUCAACCAAUUGAAAAACUUCUCGAUGACAAACUGCAUUUAGAGGAAGAUUUAAGAUUGGCUCAAAAUAAAGUGCAGAAGCUGGAAAAGGUAAAUGAAGAACAGACGGAUACAAUAACGACAUUGGAGAGUCAUCUGGGUGAGAAAGAUCUCUUGCUCAAGAAGAGAGACGAAGAGGAAAGAGAGAGGGAAAUGUUUUUCCAGCAGGAGAUGGCUGAGAAGCAGAGAGAGCUGAAGGCCACUCUACAGAAGGAAACAGAACUCUGCCUGAAAUUAAAAGAAUCCGAAAAUAUGAAUCAGUUGCUUGAUUUGGAAAACGAAGAGUUCUGUAAAAUGAAUGAAGACCUUAGGAACGAUUUACUUGAUAAAGAGAAGGAAGUCGACCUUCUGAAAGAAUCCCUCAACCUUAAAACUAAGGAAUUGGAGGAAGGUCAAGACAUACGGGAAAUAAUGAAGAGACGAUUGGAGGAAAAUGAAGAGGAUAACUCUUCUCUCCAAGAAAAACUGAGGCUCGCUGAAAAAGAGAACGUAAGUAUCCAGCAAGAUGUCCUAAUUACGCAAGACGAAAAUCAAAAGCUGCAGUCACUUCUCAGCCAAGCAGAAUCUGUGGCCAUCUUGACAAAGGAAAUCUUAAACGCUGAGAAAACAAGUCAUGAGUUACUAGGAGACGAGCUUCAAGUCAUGAAGAACUGGGUGGCUGAACUAGGCGGAGAAAACGCCAAGAUGAAAGGAGAAUUAAAAGAAAAAUCACUGGACGUAAUGUUACUAGAGAAAUCAUUAGAAACUGAGAGACAAAAUAACAGUACUCUGCAGGAUGCUCUCCAUCGUCUGAAAGAAAUAGAGAACUUGCUGGAAGAAGCGAAGAAAAGAGAGAACGAGAAAGACGAGGAGGUCGAGAGGCUGCAGAAAGAUAAUGAAGUCUAUAGAGAACAAAUUGAAAAUAUGGAGAUGAAGCUGGAAAAUAACUGCGAGGAGGCAGAGAAAGGCUAUUCAGAGCACUCAAGGAGCAGGUACAUAAAAAUAGCCUGUUAG